ACACAGUGCGCGGGCUGCUCCUUGGGCACCGGCGGCCCCAGCGCGUCCUUGCCUGCGUUUAGCAAGCUGCUUUUUUCCCCCUUUCGGAAAACGCAUUGGCCCUUCGGAGUUUGAUCAGAAGAGGAUUCCGGUCCCCGUCCCCCAGCUUCUCCAUCGUCCCCACUGGCGUGUCUCUCUCCCCUGGAGGUCUGAAGCGGUCCGGUGGAUACGGAUCCAUGCCUGCGCUCCAGCGUGUGUGUGCGCGAGUGUAAAUUGCCGAGAAGGGGGGAGAAUCCCAGGACUUCUGCAAAUGCUGGACUGAAAAUUGUAAUUCAUCUGCCGCCGCCGCUGCCUUUUUUGCCCCGCUGCGGUGCUCUUGAGAUCUCUGCUUGGGAUUGCGACGGAUUGACAUUCUCAGUGAAGCCGGAGUGUGAGGACCCAAUCUGGAAACCUUCCUGAUUUUUCCUCCACCUAGCCUCCAGACCCCAACUCCCGAUUCAUUGCAAGUUUCAAAGAAGCUUAUACAAGGAGACUUCUGAAGAUCGAUGGUGUGGUUGCCUUAUGUAUUUGUUUGGGUUUUACCAAAAAAGGGGAAACUUGACAGAAGAUCAUGCCGUCCUUAGAAAAUACAGUCGUCCCGCCUCCUCACCUUUCAGCAUUGCGGAGGAAGUAGACUGAUAUUAACGAAGCUUAAUAAAUAACGUGCCUCAUGAAAUAAAAAGCCGAAAGGAAUUUGAAUAAAAAUUUCCUGCAUCUCAUGCCAAGGGGGAAACACCAGAAUCAAGUGUUCGGCAUAACUAAAGACACCCCUUCAUCCAAGAAUGCAAAGCACAUCCAAUAAAAGAGCUGGAUUAUAACUGUUCUUUUUUUUUUUUUUUUCUUUCGGGGCCGUGGGGCGGGAGUCGAGACGCGAAGUGCUGUUGGUACCUGCAGCUUCUUUUCGGGGAAGGAUGGCGCAAGCCGGGAGAACAGGGUAUGAUAACAGGGAGAUCGUGAUGAAGUACAUCCAUUAUAAGCUGUCACAGAGGGGCUACGAGUGGGAUGCUGGAGAUGCGGACGGCGCGCCCCUGGGGGCUGCCCCCACCCCUGGCAUCUUCUCUUUCCAGCCUGAGAGCAACCCAACGACUGCUGUGCACCGGGACACGGCUUCCAGGACGUCGCCUCUAAGGCCCCUCGUCGCCACCGCUGGGCCUGCGCUCAGCCCUGUGCCACCUGUGGUCCACCUGACCCUCCGCCGGGCUGGGGAUGACUUCUCUCGUCGCUACCGUCGCGACUUCGCUGAGAUGUCCAGUCAGCUGCACCUGACACCCUUCACCGCGAGGGGACGCUUUGCCACGGUGGUGGAGGAACUCUUCAGGGAUGGGGUGAACUGGGGGAGGAUUGUGGCCUUCUUUGAGUUCGGUGGGGUCAUGUGUGUGGAGAGCGUCAACAGGGAGAUGUCACCCCUGGUGGACAACAUCGCCCUGUGGAUGACUGAGUACCUGAACCGGCAUCUGCACACCUGGAUCCAGGAUAACGGAGGCUGGGAUGCCUUUGUGGAACUAUAUGGCCCCAGCAUGCGGCCUCUGUUUGAUUUCUCCUGGCUGUCUCUGAAGACCCUGCUCAGCCUGGCCCUGGUGGGGGCCUGCAUCACUCUGGGGGCAUACCUGGGCCACAAGUGAGGCCAACAGACCCACCCCAAACAAAUAUGCAAAAGGUUCACAAAAGCAGUAGAAAUUAUAUGCAUUAUCAAUGAUGUACCAGGAAACAAAGUUGCAAUCUUUUUUUUAAAGCAGAGUAUACACACACACACACACACACACACACACACACACACCACACCACAUAUUCAGGCAAAUGGUCGAAUCAGCUAUUAACUGCCAAAGGGAAAUAUCAUUUAUUUUUUACAUUAUUUAGGGAAAAAAAGAUUUAUUUAUUUAAGACAGUUCCAUUGAAAUUCCAGGCUUUGAAAACCCUACCAGGAAUUGCCAAGAAGCAUGUGUGGCUCCACCUGCUGGCCUGUGCCUGUGGUCAUGGAUCUGUUUUCCAUAUUGGCCAGACUGGCCCACCAUCUAAAGAGCAAAUGGCGCAGGACCGUGACUGCUGGGGAAGCCUGUAGUCUGGCUGCUAGAAGCUGUGGAGAAGGCUUCAAUGUCAUCUCUGUCCACUGGCCCUGGGGGCCAGGAUGCUGGAAGGGGCAGGUGCCUACAAGAAAGCCUGGUCUUCCUUGGACUGGAGAGAGGACUUUUGUAUGUGACUCACAUGGUACAUAUCCAGUCAGAGGACAAAGACUGGAAACUCCAGAUGGACUUGGUACCCACUGAGACUUCCCUACUGAAAGACAGUGAUGGGAAAAUGCCCUUAAUCCAUAGGAAAUUAUUUUUUUAAGCUACCAAUUGUGCCGAGAAGCAUUUUAGCAGUUUAUACAAUAUCAUCCAGUACCUUAAGCCCUGACUGUACAUAAUCAUAUAUUUUAGAUACACACACUCCUCCUCCAAUACUCAUCCUGUCUGAGGAGGAAACAGAGGCUUCUGGGUUCCAGGAAGUGGAUGCGGGACGACUUCUUCGGCAUCAGGAAGAAUGGGAUGGCCUAGCGCUUCAGGCAGCCACAAGUGCCUGCUUUACCGAGACCGUCAUCUGCAGAACCUCCCUGUGGCUCAGCAACUUGGCCUGGGCAGCCUGCCCUGAGCGUGGCCCUCACCAGCCUGCGCACCGGGUUUGGAACGGAGCAGCUGGUCUCUCCCUGUCUGGAAGCUCUCAGAGAUCAGACUUGCCCAGUAAGAAAGAGCAAUAUUGAGACUUCCUUACUGGGGCCUGCUACCCUCAGGCCCUCCAGGCUGGGCCUGUCUGGAGCAGGAGAGUCACUCCUCCUAAGACACUUGCCACUGUAGAGAGGAGAAGGCAGGCUCAAUGCCUGUCCUACCAGAGGGCGUAGUGAAGGCAGGGACCCCACCUCACAAGAGAAGAAGCCCGCCCCCGUGGCCCUUAGGCAGCCACAGGUACCUACUGGCAGUGCUCUGCCACCUUGAGGCAAGGCUUUAAGUUACUUUGGCCAUAAAACCUAAGGAAGCAGUGAAGCGAGGUUCGGAGUCCAUGACCCAUGUCUAUGGGUUUACAUGCAAACCAUUAUCUUGUAGUUUGGUUUUAUUUGAAAAUCUGACAGAGGGAGAGAAUAAAAAGUUUCAGGUAUGUAUGGAAUGUAGAGAUUAUCUGUACAUCCUGGGGCCAAAAGGAAAAAAAAAAAGAUGGGAAAUUAUAGAGGAAUAACAAAAGAAGUGAAAUCUCCAACUAAUGAGAUUUCCCAAGUUUAGAAUUAGCAUGGGGGUAUUUGUGGAGUAACUUUGGGGCAUUAUCACACCCUAUACCAUUCAUCUGUAUUAACGUUGGAAUGUACUUCAUUCAAUGUUUAUUACUGUGGUUGAUAUUUCAAAAGCUGCUUUCGAAAACAAUCCAUGCAUCUCAGCAUUGUUUAAGUUGUAUUUAGUUAUGACCUCUAGAAUGUUUGUUAGUUACACAAACAAAAGAAAAGAUACUUUUUCCAUGUGAGGUAUUUGUCUCUUGAUUCUUCAAAAGCAUUUCAGAGAAGGUGGGAAGAGCUUGAGAGAGAUGCGAGGGGCUCAGGAAGCUGGGUUGGCUCACUCCCUCCACUGCGCUGUGGGGGCUUACCCCUCUGCCUGACAGACCCUAGGAUUGUUCAUCGAGAUGGAUAUAGCCGUUGCCCACUUGACCUUGUUUCUUCAAGGUUUACUCGUCCCUGGACAAUUCAGCAUUUAACUCAAGUUACCUAGGAUUACAUGCAUGUUUGGUUAAACCCAUGACAUUCAUUCAGUUAGAAAUCCAGAUGGGAAACAGAGCAAAGAGUUAGGGUCUGGCUAUGGCAGCUGGGCCUUCAGAGAGUUGCUUUGUGUGGCCUGUUGAGAAUAGAUGUAUCAGGAGUCCUCUUAUCCCGCCUCCCCCAGUCCUGCCUCCCUGUGCAGAGAGAGCAAGAGAGAGCGAGAGAGAGAGCGAGAGAGAGAGAGCAAGAGAGAGAGAGAGAGAGAGAGAGAGAGAGAGAGAGAGAGAGAGAGAGAGAGAAAGCCAGACCUCCCCAGUAGGUCUCAGAGAACAAGAUGAUCAGAUCUUUUCAAGUUAUUCUAAUUUUUAAGCAAAAUAUUAUCCUGUGAACGGUUUACAUUCUCCACGUGAUGAAUAUGGAAUAACAAACCCUGUGCUGCUAUCCUGCCAAGAUCAUUGUAGUGGAGGAGUCUGCAGUACACACCAAGUGUCCGGCUCCUUCAAGCUGCUUUUUGAAGUAACGAUGAAGAACACAGACAUUUUAAAUAUAAAACCUGUUUCUCUUUUGUUUUUGUUGUUAUUGUUUGAACUUAGAUUUGUAGAGUAUUUGAAAAAAAUGUAUAUACAUUAAAACAAAGAAGAAGAAGAGGAAGAAGAAGAAGCUCAUAGGAGUCCUUCAGGUGUGGGAUUUUGUUUUCUGAUUUGAAUGGCAAAUUCGCCCAGUCACUGGACCCCAGCACUGGACAGUAUUGGGGCUGCACUCGCUCUAAAAGUAGUUGGUGGUGCAUUUUUUUUCUUGUUAAAAACAUGUUAGAGGCAAAGAGUGUAUAUAGAAGCCUUGACUAGCCUUUUUCUUCCUCCUUUUUUUUUAAAAAAAAAAAUCUCAAUUACUUUGCAGUCGGGCAACAGAGAGCCAUCUGCAUGUAGUUCAUAUUUGAGAAGGAUUUCAUCCCUGAAUCUCACCUCCUCUGUAAGCUUUGAAAUCUCCUCUCCAUCAGUCAAAACCAAGCAGACAUAGAAGUGGGCUGAGAGAUUCAGAAAGAACCGUUGAGAAGAACGGCCCAGUGCCUUCCAUAGCCCCAGUGCUCACCCGGGCGCUCUGAAAGAGAGAUGGAGAGCAACGGAGAGGUUCAUCCCUGGUGAUUCCUCAGGGGCUGAACUUGUGUGCAGGCUUGAGAUUUCCACCAGAGCCACAGUUAAGGCAGCACUUUCAUGUAGUUCAAGUAAAACCCUCCACCCUGCCCAGCUUGCUUGUCUCUGCAUGUUGGGGUGUGGUCUUUAUUCAUACUUACAUUUUUUUUCCAUGGGCACAUACUUGCUUAUUACAUCUAAGAGCCUUGCUGUGUCUAGGAAAGGGGGAAGCAGGGUUUAGGAAGUGCUCAUAAACCCAGAGGGAUUAUAAUAAUCAGGACUGAAUGUAGAUAACGGGGGUAGUACCCACAUGUGUAGAGUCCCACACUGAAUAGAAUAGGCAGAAUUGUGAAUAGUCUGUGUUUGUAACCGAACCUAGACUACAACAACUCAUAGAGGUAAGCUUCAACUCUUAACUGUGCUUUGAAGGUGGUGGGUGUCUCUAUACUUCCUUAUCACUUAUGGUUAGAAAUGUACACCUACCCUAUCAGGAAAAAAUAACAGGAAAAGGUUGAAAUAUAAGCCAGUCUAAGGAAAUGAGGGAGCCAUUGAAGUUCUAUUCUGAUCUUAUUUUACGGUGUCUAUUGCAGCUCAGACAAAUAUGGUCACACACUUUUUAAGAAAUACAGUUCUACAUUGUCAAGCCCAUGAAGGCUCUAAUCUGAUCUGUAUUGUUGCCCAAUUUGAAUCUUUCAGGGAUUUUUCUAUGCCAUUAUUAUAAGGACAGAGGACAUUUGUUAUGAGGUGAGAGAGAGAGGAAGAAUUCUUAAACAAGUAGAACAUUCCCCAGAUGGACCAGGGUGUGAAGGUCUUCAGCAAACUCAAACUGUGAGGGAUGAGGGACCUUUAUGGGGGUCAAUGUUAUGUUUGUCUGAAGGCUUUCUGCAUUCUUGCUUCUGCAAGACCAUUUUUAAGCUCUAUGGUACAUUUAGAUUCCAGGGACAUUGACAUAGUUCAAAGUCUGGCUUAAUAUGGUCAUGCAAUAGCAUAUGUUUCAAGUUGGAUAUGGCUAAUGAGUGUUUAAACAGUAAGUUUGACAUUUUAACCAAUGGGAUAUUUAAACAACAACCUUCCAGUUGGUUGGGACAUCUGUUUCUCACUGUUUAUUAUACACAACGUAGAAAAAAAUUAGAUAAGAUUGGAUUAAGUAAAACAUUGUGGGACUGAAUUAGGUAAACGAUUGUGGCUGUCUUUUAGCCUCGGCCAGAGAAUUAUUCAAUCCUCUGUAGACAUCUGUGCACUGUGCAUCUCACUGGGCAUGAAGAAAACCAGGUAGAGGACAGAUGGUUCCUGAGCACUUCAUCCUGGAUACCCAAGAAGAAGAACCUAAAGCCAGUGUUCUGUGCACCAAGCCCAGGACUAAAGACAAAAACAGUCAUGGAAGAUGGAAAAGCUAGCUAAUCAGAAAUCCUGAGAAUGUUAAAUGUGUCGGCCAUGUGGCUAUGCCUCAAUGCCUGUACCUUCCCACUAGGGAACCUGCAGUGGGCCCUCCAGCUGGCUCCCUUCAGGAAAUCCUCCCCUCCAAGAUAACAUCUGAAGGAUUGAUGGCGGAUUCAGUUUCCUUUAGGAGACACUUUCCUUUGGAGAGGGAGGUUCUUUGUUAAAAUAUCUUCUUAGGUUUUCAACUAAGCUUUGCUUUGGCUUCAGUUAUAUUGGGGUUAUUUCUAAGUAAAGUAAUGUACAAAUAAGUGUUUUGUAUUGAAAGCUUUGUUAUCAAGAUUUUCAUACUUUUAUCCAUGGGCUGCUUUUAAGGUUGAUACUUUUAGGUGUGGCUGAUACCUACAGCACUGUACAUACAAGAAAUAUAUAAAUGUACUUGGCAUAGUUAAGGUAAAGUAAGUCUCCUGUUGGCUACCGUUACAUAUAAUGGCACUUUGUUUCUGUUGUUAGAAAAUGUUACAUUGCCAUUAACUCCCCAUGUCUGUCUGAAGAGAAAUAAAGUACAGUGUGCAGCA